GAGUUAACACAUCAUAUUUGAGAAAUUGUCGAACGAAAAAUAGUAAUGUUUCGUACUAUUCACGACCAAAAUAAAAGGCAAUGGAGUGGCCCAAAAACAGAAUCAAUUUUCAACCCUCGUAUAUCAUUGGGCAGUGUCAUUUUGAAUGCACUUGAAGUGAAUGGAUCGAGAGUGGCGCAGAUUUGUGCGAAAACAAAUAAACAAACAACAUUUGCUGACCUUCACACACUAACAAUUCGUGCAGCAAAAAAGUUUCAACACUAUGGAUUUAAAAAGGGUCAAUUGAUUUUCGUUUUAACUGAUAAUUCAGCUGAUGUUCCGCCCCUGGUGUUUGCUGCAUUGUGUCUGGGAUGUGUGGUGACAUCAUUGCCAUUGUGCUAUACAAAGUUGGAAUAUUCACAGUAUUUCAGUAUUGUAAGGCCAAAUUAUGUCAUUUGUGAUUUGAAAUUUUAUGUUACAUUGAAUGAGUGUUUCAUGGACUUAAGCAUUGUUGAUGUGGAAUUUUUCACGUUUGAUGGUCAUUUAGACGAAACUCAUCCGAUUGAAAAAAUAUUCGAAGGAAAUGAUUCUGAUCUAUAUUUUGUUCCAACAGAAGUAAGCGGUGUGACUGAUGCAGCAUUCAUUUUUCAAACCAGUGGUACGAGUGGGCAAACCAAAGGUGUUUGUAUAUCACACGCUGCUGUAAUAGACAAAAUUCAACGAUUUUCUCAGUUCAUAAAAUCAACGGACAUUAUAAUGGGGCUCAUAAACUUGGACAGGAUAACAAUAAUCAGGUAUCUCUUUGCGGCAACAUUGUAUGGUGCGACGCGAUUGGUGAAUGUGCGUCCAUUUACUGCUGAGCGGUUUUUUGAGUUGGUUGAACGCUAUGAGGUGACAAACGUCAUGGAGUCACCACAUAGAGUAGCUGAAUUACUGAACCAUCCACAAAUUGAAACGGCCAAAUUAUUCAGCAUAAAAUAUUAUACAUGUGGUAGUGCAUAUUUAUCAUAUGAUGCCAUUCGAAAAAUGGGCAGUUAUUUGAAUGGUGGACGAUUUUGUCGCGCCUUUGGAAUGACUGAGACGGUGUCAACAAUAGCCGCAAAUCUCAAUCAUUCAAAAAAUGAUUGCGUCGGACAGUUGAUUAGCGGUUGUGUUGCGAAAAUAAUCAACGAAAAAGGUGAAAGACAGGGUAUCAAUGAAGACGGUGAACUAUGUAUAAAGCUGUCAUUUCCAUUCCUUCGUUAUCUUGGCGACAGUGAAAAAACACGCAAUUAUUUUGAUGAAGAAGGAUUCUUUGCUACCGGCGACAUUGCACGUUUCGAUUCGACUGGCGAUUUAUUUAUUGUUGGAAGAAAAAAAGAACUUUUCAAGUGUAAAAAUGAGCAUGUAACACCGACACAAAUCGAAGAAUUUCUUAAUAAAAUCGAUGGCGUAGAAUAUUCUUGUAUAGUGCCAAUACCAAACGAGGAAUGUGACAAUUUACCCGCAGCUAUUGUGGUGAAAAGUAUAAAUUCGACAUGCACUGAAGAUUCGAUUUAUGAAGCUGUUGCAAAUGCGUUCUCUCGGCACAAAUGGCUUGACGGUGGCGUUUACUUUGUGGAUUCAUUACCGAUGACUUCUUCACGUAAAAUCAAACGACAUUUGAUCGCAAAAAUGACCAUUUUUACCAUGACUAAGUUGACCAAACAUCCAGAGACUGUUGAACAUAUUAAUUAAAAAUAUUAUUACCAAA